AUAUGUGCUGCUACUUCCGUUUUUCCAGUUUGUUUUGACCCAAAGAUAAACAGAUAUAUAAGUAUGUCGAUUCUUUGGGGUGUCAUAACCAAAAGAUGAAACGUCGAUCGCACGCGACGAAGUCGGACAUGUGCCCAGAUGUUGGACACACAAUUACCAUAUCAGCAGCACAUCAUUCACAGUUAAGUGAAAAAACAGAUUGAGCGAUUGAGGCGGGUUCUUCCACCGCCUCUGCCUUAAUAAGCCGCGCUCUCUGCUCACAAGAGUUUAGUCAAAUUUGAGAGCAAAGUGUGGAAACAACUCGAGACAAAUGAAGAACUGCAAUACUGAAACAGACUUUACCGCAUCGGGCUAUAUUGAGGACUAUAACAUCUAUAACUAUGAUCAAAAUCAAGUUCAAGCGAGCAGUUAUAUUAACUUUACUUGGUCCAACGAUGGCUACAAUUGGAGUACAUUAGCGCCCGACACCGAGGCAGCAUCUGCGUCUGAAGAGAAAAACUCUGAACCACAACACGAAUCCGAAACGUUUAAGAGCACGGGACAACGCAAGGAACGCACAGCCUUUACGAAACCCCAGCUAAAGCAACUGGAAACGGAAUUUGGUUAUUCGAAUUAUCUCACUCGAUUAAGACGCUACGAAAUCGCUGUUGCUUUGGAUCUGAGCGAGCGUCAGGUGAAGGUCUGGUUCCAGAAUCGUCGCAUGAAAUGCAAACGGAUUAAACUGGAAACUGGGAUUUCCCCUCUCACAAAGGCAAACUAUUGACAUAGAUACAUUUACUACAACAAGUUUCUUUAUCUCUUAA